GAGGCGCUGCGGGUGGCGGACCGGACCGGACCGGCCAUGCUGCUCACCGUGUUCUGCCUGCGCCGGGACCGCUCUGAGCUCACCUUCUCCCUGCAGGUGGACGCCGACUUCGAGCUGCAGAACUUCCGGGCGCUCUGCGAGCUGGAGUCCGGCAUCCCCGCGGCCGAGAGCCAGAUUGUCUAUGCAGAGAGGCCUCUAACUGACAACCACAGAUCAUUGGCCUCCUAUGGCUUGAAAGAUGGGGAUGUGGUGAUUUUACAGCAAAAGGAGAAUGCAGAGCCACGGCCUCCAGUCCAGUUUCCAGGUCUGCCCAGGAUAGACUUCAGCAGCAUUACAGUGCCUGGGACGUCAGCGCAGCUGCAGGAGCAGCAACCAGCGCAGCGUCCUCGCCCAUCACCUCCGGAUACACCUUCAUCCCCUCAGGGCUUGGACAAUCCAGCACUGUUACGGGACAUGUUGCUUGCCAAUCCCCACGAGCUGUCCCUGCUGAAAGAACGCAAUCCACCCCUGGCUGAGGCACUGCUCAGUGGAGACCUUGAGAAAUUUACCAGGGUGCUGGUGGAGCAGCAACAGGACCGAGCCCGCCGGGAGCAGGAGAGAAUCCGUCUGUUUUCAGCUGACCCUUUUGAUCUUGAGGCUCAGGCAAAGAUAGAAGAGGACAUAAGGCAACAAAAUAUUGAAGAGAACAUGACAAUAGCUAUGGAAGAGGCCCCAGAGAGCUUUGGCCAGGUGGUGAUGCUCUAUAUUAACUGCAAAGUCAAUGGACAUCCAGUGAAAGCCUUUGUUGACUCAGGUGCCCAAAUGACCAUUAUGAGCCAAGCUUGUGCUGAAAGGUGUAACAUAAUGAGACUGGUGGACCGGCGCUGGGCAGGCAUUGCGAAGGGAGUGGGCACACAGAAAAUCAUUGGCAGAGUGCAUCUAGCUCAGGUUCAGAUUGAAGGGGAUUUUCUGCCGUGUUCUUUCUCUAUCCUUGAAGAACAGCCCAUGGAUAUGCUUCUAGGACUGGAUAUGCUUAAGAGACAUCAGUGUUCCAUUGAUCUCAAAAAGAAUGUACUAGUGAUUGGUACCACGGGAUCUCAGACAACUUUCCUUCCAGAAGGGGAGCUCCCAGAGUGUGCAAGACUGGCAUAUGGGCCAGGGCGGGAGGACAUGCGGCCGGAGGAGAUUGCAGACCAAGAACUGGCAGAAGCUCUACAGAAAUCUGUAGAGGAAGCAGCUGCUUGCAGAUGGCACCAAGAAAACCAAGAGAGAGAAAGAGAGAGAGGAUAUAGUUCAGCCCUAAAAGACUCUUCUUCCUGCAGGACCUCCUGUGCACUUUUAUAGUGGUUUGAAUUUUUACUCCUUUUUGGUUCAUGAUGCGCUAGAUAUCGCAUUGUACAUCAUUAGAUCAGUAAAGUUCCCAUUUGAAUAUACCUGAAUUAGUCCUGAGCCUUAUUCGACCCUUUCAGACCCACCUCAGAGGGGCUCGGAGUUUGGAGUUAGAUGCCAGUGUCAUCCUGGUAUUAGUCCUGCAGAGACAAUAUCAAUGUAUUCAUUACUGUGAAGUACCAGAUUCUCCACGUGAACUCCAUUUCUGUUCAAGGAUUUGUACUCUUCCAACAAUGCGCAAUGCUUUCUCCCCCGGUGGAUUCCGAUGGUGCCAACUCCCUGUAAUUAAUGAGAUUUUUAGGAUAUUGACAGCAAAACUGCAACAAAACCUAGCAAUAGCAGUGGUUCUCAAACUUCUUUGAUCGCGCCCCCCCCCCUUCUUUGUGUCUGUAGUCACUUAUGCAAAUCUCCUACCCUCCAAAGUACAUAUACUCUGAAGGCAGAGCAGAAAGCAGCAGCGGCUGCUGGCUGGGCGCCCAGCUCUGAAGCCAGUGCUUGCGCCAGCAGCAGUGCAGAAGUAAGGGUGGCAAUGUGAAAAGUGAUAUUUGUCAAUAUCACUUGUCACAGGAGACUUAGUGCCCAUUGCCACCCUUACUUCUGUGCUGCUGCUGCCGCCUCGGGGCUGACAGCUGGAGCCCCCCAUCACCACCUGUUGAGGUUUUGGGGGGUGGGUGGCAGUACUCCAGCUGUCAGCCCCGGGGUGGCGGGACUCCGGCCGUCCCCUUUAUCCCAUUCCCCACCUCCCGGUGUGCACGAUGGUCCUUCUGCACGAGUCCAGCAGCCCGGGGCUGACAGCCAGAGCUCUUUUUAAAAACAAAAACAAAACGCACAUCUCAUGCCUCCCUUGACACAUUCCCGUGCCUCCCUUGGGAGACCCUUCCCAUAAUUUGAGCCCCACUGGUAUAGAGAAGUAAUCUACCCCUUUAUACAGCUGUACUUGCACCUAGAAUGCCUAUGUAUACAGGCAGUCCCAUCACGUCUGUUGCCCUUACUCUUUCCAGCACAGGAAAACCCUAUCAAAUAUGGUGCGUUUUAUCUGGAGACAAGUACUUUCCCAUUCAUUGUAUUGAUUUCCUUGACCGUGUUAAAAAACAAAUCCUUCUGCAGAUUCUGCCAUGUCUUUGGUCCUUGAUAGACCAUGUUCAGGUGUCUGGCAGGACACCAGCUACUUCUGUUGUCUAAAUGGAUACAACUCCCUGAUGUAUCUGACUGAUUAGACCCUUAUUACAGAUUCCCUGUCAACAAAAUCACCUUCCACUGCACCAGGGGACAACCCUGUCCCACUUCCCCUUCCAAAGAAUCGGGCUGUGCAGAUGGGGGUCUGAGUGUAGUGUUGGAGACACACAAAUCCCAGUCUUGUUUUUCACUAACAUUCUGUUGCACAGGCCUCACUGCUCACCCUGCAAAAGACUGUGACAAUGUGGAAGGCUGGAGGAUUUACAGAAAUGUUUUCUGUUAAAAUCACAACUUGACAAAAUUGUUGCUAUAGUUGCAUUAAGACCAGCUGUGCAACCAGUAGAACAGGAGUGGCCCAAUGUAUCCUCUUGAGACUCCACAUUCCAGCUUGAUCUAAAUGGAAAAUAAUGGAAACAGGUAUUCGAGGAGACCAAACCAGACUUCUUACAAGACAGGCAUAAAUUUUCAAGCUAAUCCCAGGGGCACAUGUGAGCAUGUUUAGUCAGCAGAACUCAAUCCAAUUAUCUAUUUAAAAGGAGGAAGACUUUUUGAAGAUUUAAAUGAAGGAAAGCAAUUCAGUGUGUCUUAAUUACCUCAGUUGUCCUGCUGGUCCUGUUAAAGGCCACUGAGUUUUGGAACCUGUGCACAGGGAGAGACAGAUGACGACAAACCAGGCAGUGCAGCUAGAAGUUUUGGAUAGCUGGUUGGAAAUAGGAAACUUGGACAGAGAGAUCCUAGUGAUCUAGUGUAGGGACACUCACUGUCACACUGAAGGUCAUGCUGGAAAUUUGACAAGAGCCUGAGAGCUGAUACGUUUACCCAGAAUCUUAGCAAAAAUAAAUGAAUGCAACUUUAACUUGUUGGUAAUACAUCUUUCUUGAUCAAUAGAAAUUGUUAUCUGAGGUUACUAAUAACCAGAUUCACAGCUGAUCAAACACAUCCUCCCCUCUGCAUGAAGAUGGCUGCUGUUAGUCAUGUUUCACCCUUGGCUACAUCUGUUCAGUCCCUGUGGUGUUCUGAAAAAGUAUUGCUGUCUGAGACUGAGCACUUCUCUGGUGCCUUUCACCCAAGGAUCUUAAAUCUUAUAACCUUCAGGCCACACUCCCAUUGUGAGGCUGGUAUUAUCCCCAUAUGUAAAAUGCGGAUACAGGUACAUAAUGGGUAAGUGAUGUACCCAGGGGCACAGAGGAAGUUGCUGGCAGCAGAAUCCAGGAUCUGUUGCGCUGUCCCCAGCUCCAGCUUCUCUGAAAUGUGCCUGCUGUGUAUUUUCAGCAGUGCACAGCGAGCGAGCAUGCCGUUAAACAUGCCUUGUGCUGUGUAUUUGUAUUGAAUACGUAGCUUCUCCUGCACGCCGUACUGAUCAAAUGAUAGUACAGUAAAAUCCUUAACUUGAUUGAAGAACAGUUCCUUUCUGACUCAACAUGGCAAAGUGCCCAAACACUCUUAUAUCGGAAUGGCCAGCCGAACUUCUGGAAGGCAAGUUGACCACAAGGAGCUCCCCGUUCAGAACCGUAUAUUUGAAGAAGCUGGGGGAGGGGAGAGAGAGAGCGGUCACAAGACUAUAACCAUGCAUGUUGUGUGCUUUGAAUUGCUAACACAAGUUUGGUGUGUUGUGUUUCCUAAUCCAAACAGAACAUCAGAAGCCUUGAUGCAUGUAGUGUGUGUGUACUGCAGCUGGAGUGGGCCACAGACCAGGUAUUUAUAGCUACCCAUUUAUGAGCUUUCACUACAACUUUCACACUGCCAGCAGCAGGGCUAACCUUGCUUUAAACAGUAUUAUGGAGAAACCUAUGGGAUGUGAAAUUGACCGCUCGUUCCUUUCAGAGGAUGAAAACAUUCCACCUCCUUUAUCUAAAUGUAACAAACCUAUAGUGUGUUUUUUUCUCAUGUAAACAUUUGUUUAAACCAUUUGUUCAUGGAAAGGAGGGGCUAAUAGUUGUAUGAGCUUUCCUGCACUACUUUCCUAAUGCACCUUAUUUCUUACCCACAGCACCUAUGGUGCAUAAACUUGAAACUCUUGAGCAUAGAUGGCUAGUCACAUUGAACUGCGUGGUUACUUUGCAAUGUACACAAACAAGAACUAGAAGGACACCAUCACACUGAUAUUUACUUGUGUCCUCAGCUAAGAUUCAAACACAGGUCAUAUCUGUAUUCAUUUUGGAUUUUUAAAGCAAGAAAUUAAUUGGUGUUGACAGCAAGUCAGGUUACCAAUAUACAGCCAUUGGCCACUGGUUGGUUGGGCUUUAUCUGACAACAGAUAUAAAGAAACCUGGUUAACUGUAUGGUUAUGUUAAGCUUCCUAACUGAAAGGCUACAACUUCAGCUUGUAAUGGCUGCGUGUGCGGAGUUUAACAAACAAGCCGUGACCAUGUUAUAGCAAUUGAUUAUUUUAUUUUUUUAAAGGUGCUAGCAAUACUGACGCCCCGUGGGUUACGCAAACCCAACUUACGCAAAUCCACACUUACGGAAAAAGUUCCGUAAGCUAGAAAUAGGUUGGGGGGGAGGGGGUUUGCAUAAUGCUCGGGUAUACAUUAUCGACUUACGCAAAAUUUGAGUUACGCAAGGCGUUCCGAAACGAAACGCUUGCGUAAGUCGGGGAGCGUCUGUACCUAAACACUUGCAGUAAGUUUAUUAUGCAAAGCUGUCUGAUUAUUUUGAAGUGUCUUGGGCACAACUAGAUCAUAUGCAUACUACUUUAUUACACCUUGAAAACUUACACUCCCUUGGGAGAAUGUUGUUAUUCAGCAUGAUGCAUUUGAAUUGCAUGAUUAAAUGCUAAAUCUCUUUUGUAUUACUAUGUGGCCUUUCUGUACUGAUGUAAGUGUUUCUCAGAGGCCCUUUUGGGUUCUGUAAUUAAAAAGCUUUACAGGUUGCUUAUUUUAUCACUAUGAAAAUAGAUGUUUUGAACUCAUUAACUUUGCUCAGAGGUGAACCUGUCUCUUCCCAUUAUGGCAGACAUCAGUAGCAUGGAACAGAAAAUAAAUGUUAAGUGAAUGAAGACGGAAGCUGUCAAGUAAUUUAGAUCCACAAUUUUUCUACUCUAAAAUUGUUAUAAUCUGAUGGUAAAUGUUUUCUGAACUCUAAAUAUCUUGCUUUUUAUCCACCACUCUGAGAAAUUAAAACAAAUAAUAAACAGUGGCUUUCUAUUA